AUGCAGGCCUUCCUCAAAGGCCCGUCUUCCAUCAGCGCCAAGCCCUCCGCUGCCAAGGAGAAGGGCGCGGCCGGGAGCAGCGGGGAGGGCAAGAGGCUCAAACCCAUCCCCUGGGUGGAGAAAUAUCGCCCCAAAAAUGUGGAUGAAGUCGCCUUCCAGGAUGAAGUUGUCACUGUGCUGAAAAAGUCCUUGGAAGGUGCUGAUCUUCCCAAUCUGUUGUUCUAUGGCCCACCUGGAACUGGAAAGACUUCCACUAUUUUAGCAGCUGCUAGAGAGCUCUAUGGGCCUGAAUUAUUCCGGCAAAGAGUCCUUGAGUUAAAUGCUUCUGAUGAGCGUGGAAUACAAGUGAUUCGGGAAAAAGUGAAGGCUUUUGCUCAGCUAACUGCAUCUGGAAGCCGUUCAGAUGGUAAAGUCUGUCCUCCUUUUAAAAUUGUAAUCCUGGAUGAAGCAGACUCAAUGACUUCAGCAGCCCAGGCAGCCUUAAGACGCACAAUGGAAAAAGAAUCUAAAACAACACGUUUUUGCCUUAUUUGUAAUUACAUCAGCAGAAUAAUUGAGCCUUUAACAUCUCGAUGCUCCAAAUUCCGCUUCAAGCCUUUGUCAGAUAAAAUCCAACAGCAGAGGCUAUUGGAGGUUUCUGAGAAGGAACAUGUGAAAAUCAGUAGUGAGGCAGUAUCUUACCUUGUUAAAGUGUCAGAAGGGGACUUGAGAAAAGCAAUUACUUUUCUUCAAAGUGCCACUCGUCUUAUGGGCGGGAAAGAGAUCACAGAGAAGAUAGUCACUGAAAUUGCUGGGGUCAUCCCUAAAGAAACAACUGAGGAACUGCUAUCUGUCUGCCAGAGUGGUUCAUUUGAGAAGCUGGAAACACUGGCAAAGAAUCUCAUAAAUGAAGGGUAUGCUGUUGCUCAGCUGGUAAACCAGCUGCAUGAUACUGUUGUUGAGAGCGAAGAUUACAGUGACAAGCAGAAAUCUGUCAUAGUCGAGAAACUUGCGGAAGUAGACAAAUGCCUGGCAGAUGGCGCUGACGAGUACUUGCAGCUGGUGAGUCUCUGCGCCCUUGUGAUGCAGCAGCUAACGCAGAACACUUAACUCCAGCAGCGGCUGG